GGGAGGGAUACAGGAGACUGAUAAAGAAAUGCAGUGAGAGGAGCAGAUAGUGCACGACUACAAAACGGAGAUAAAGCGCUGGAUGUAAAUGCUCAGUCUACAAGCUCUGGAAUAAUAACUGCAGCAAACAACAAAAGGAUACAGAAAUAGGUGGUGGGGGGGAGAUUUACAGAGAAGAUGGAUGUACAGACAGAAAACACGGACCCCCCGCCUAAUGAAUCGCAGCCAUCUGGAAAAAUCCGAAAAGGAUUCAAACUGUUUGGAAAACGUAAAGCAGGAAGCAUUUUUUCCAUCAGAAACAAAGGAGAAGGAAACAACAAGUCACCUGUUAUCCGGAGUAAAACCUCAGAGGAAUUAUAUGAGACUCCUGCACAAGAGCAGGAGCAAGAUAAGACAAAUGGAAAAGACAUGAAACAAGAAGAUGGGGAGCAACCAGAGGAGGAGGCACUCGGUGAAGAUGGCGUUUUGGCUACUGCCCCUGCUCGCACCUCCAUCUCUUCAGCCAGCUCGGCCAAGUCCCUUGGUUUCCUCUCGCUGCUGAGGGGUGGGAAAAGAGGAGUGGGGGAUCGAAGAGUGCACACAGUGUCGCAGCCUGUGGCUCGGCAACGUCGAGGUCUGAAGGGCCUCUUCAGCAAUGUUAAGCUCCGAUCGAAGGAUAAGGAGGACAAAGAGGAAGCCCCUCCGAGCCCACUUCUUCAGUCAUCUCGCACUAACAGCGUGGAAAUCAUAAAAGAGGACAUGACACUCACACCUAAAUGCCAGCCUCGUGCUCUGGACAGCCCUGAAACCGAGAGCGCAGGACCUGUCCAGAGCUCAGCAACUCCAAACAGUUCAGCCUUGACCCCGUCAAAGACCUCAGCUGCCCAGGUGACAUCUGCUGAGAACGUAAGUACGACAUACGAGCACGUGUCCCCGUUACUUACCCCCGAGCCUCCACUGGUACCAGGUGAUAACAGCCUGAGCUCACUGCUGGCAGAUAUCUCCUCUCUCCUGACCUUUGACUCAAUCUCAGGGGGUGGCGACAUCAUGGCUGAUGUGGAAGCAGAGUGGGGUAAAGUUAGCACUGCCAUCAGUGCUGACAUCCCUCCAUCAUCUCCAUCUCCUUUCUUCAAAUCUACCCUCUCCUCCUCUCCUACAACCUCCUCAACAGUCAGCAGUGUGGCUACUGUAAAAGCCUCCUCUGUAGCCAUCUCUUCUUCAUCUUUGAGUUCUCACUCGGUCGAAUUGAGUUCUGACUCUGCUCCUGCCAGCACACAAGGUAAACAAUCUCCUGCUCCCACUUCAACAAAAUCCUCAACUGUUCAUUCAACAUCUUCCGCUUUCGAGACGAUUCAGUCCACAAUGAGCUCCAUCCCUACCACAACCGCACCUCCUCCAUAUGCAUCAGCCCCGGUAAGCAAACCUCCUUCAUUCAGUGCAAGUUUGACCAGUACAGCUGAUAAACAAGCACCAAAGAUUACGUGGGCUACUCAAAAUUCUGCAUCUGUAAGUAAACCUGAUUGUGUGUCUGUAUCACCUAAACCUGUCCUAGUACCUCACAGUCCUCCCAUCUCUGUCACCCAACCUCCCUCCAGAAGUAGUUUUAAUGAGGACAAGUCCACUUUUUUCAAACCCUCUCAAGGUUCAGUGGUGGGAACAUCCAUUGUCUCCCUCACAUCACCGGCAACCUGCAUGAUUGCAACUACAUCCUCAUCUUCUGCACCAAUCCUUUCCUCAAAGAUCACAUCUGCCUCUACAUUAACCACAACUUCUGGCUUGACAUCCAAGUCCACCCUGACCCCUAACCAUCUGGACCUUAAUAAAACAGUUUCUGAUCCUGGCCCUAAUUCAACCUUCACUGCUACAAUUAAAACCCAACCCAGCUCUGCGUCUGUCCCAGCUCCAACUUCAGCUUCAUUAGGCAAAAUUCCUCCCACAACCAAAGCCUCCAUAACAUCAGUUUCUUUAGAUAAGAUGCUCCCAGCUCAGCCUGCAACAGCAGCUGCCCCCACUCAUGUUGCUUCAUUAUCAUCACUGACUCCAUCUGCUGUGGAUCAGAUGAAAGUUUCUCCUGCUGUUACAUCAAUUCCUGUGUCAAAAGAACUUCCUGCUCCAACUCACGUUGAAAUUUCUCAACCUAAAGUUUGCUCUGCCCCUCCUAACGUCCCAGUUUCUGUAUCUGAGGAUCUGCCUGCUCAUGUGAAUUUGCAGGAGUCUUUGUCUAAAAUUGCUACUUUCUCUGAUGAGAUUCCGGUUUUUGUAUCUAAAACUCCUCCUGCACCUGACACGUCCAAAUUUUCUGGAUCGCAAACCCCUGUGGCAUCAGACGCCCCCCACCCUCAAUCUUUCCCUGUUUCUGCCACAUCCGGCCCUGUUUCCCAGCCUAAAACUCCUGAGCUCAAACUUGCUUCUUGUCCUCCUCCCCCUGUGCCGUGUCAGAUAGAUACACCAUCCUCUGCUAAGGUUAGGGAUUCUGUGCAGGCAUCGACAGAUAGUCUGGAUGGAGCAGGGGGACAGAGGAGCCAAGGUGUCCCGUCAAAAACAAAAGAACAACACCAAGAGCUUCCCCCCAAAGAAAAGAAGAUACCACAGUCAAAAGCAAUGGGUCUAAGUAAAAUACCUGUGGUUGGUGGAGGAAAAGUCAGCAGGCAGCCUGUUCGGGAAAACCAGCAUGACGAACCAAGCAAGGACCUCACUUCGCCUGUGCUACAAGAGAAACCCUAUUUCAACUCACAUAAUGCAGGGGGAAAAGAUAAAAUCAGCUCACCGGAGGCAGUUGGGCUAAUCUCAAAACAGCUCCAGGAGGAGCAUCAGCAGCCUCAACAAGCAAAAGUUCCUACAAGUUCAGCGCGUGACUCAAAAAUCCCUCUGAAGCAUGGCAGCGGGUCUCACACUGCAUCACAGGUCUCUCAGACAAAAGAGCCCCAUCGCACAAAGAUCCCUGUGUCCAAGGUGCCCGUCCGCAGGGCAGGUAAUAAACCUGCCACUACAGGAAGCAGCACACAGAUAAGAAAGUAAAAAAAACAACAAACACACUGGACCGAAACGAUUAAUAAUGUAAAUCAUCAUUUUUAGUCCACAUUUCAAUACUGUAACUCUUUCUUUACUUUAACACACCAAGAAAAAUCAAAGAAAUGGGCCCGACAGCAUUCAAGCACAAACAAACAUCUCUAUGGGGAGCUGGAGUAAAAAUCUGGAUCUUUGGUGCUGAGCUGGUCGGACAUGCACUCAAUGGUCACACCUGAACACCUGGCUGAGGAACAGCCAGAGGAGAGGACACAAACGGGGCGAGUGCCUUCUCAAGGGUGCUUUUCCUACAGACUCAGAUUUUCUUCAGUCUUUUCUACACUGCUUUUAACUUUUCUUACUCCCACUUUUUGUAGGAUCCUUCUGUACUUUUAUUCUUUUUGACUCUCCUUCCAGUUACCAGCCCCUUCUUCUUUUUUUUUUCUUUUACUUUAUGUGAGAUCAGCAUAAAAUGAUUACAACAAAACACACAUUCCACAUCUCUUUACAGAUUGAUGUAGCAAAAAUGUGCCAUUAUUUUUGCACAAGACAUUGGACUGUACAGCCUGGCUGCUCAUAUGUAACAUUAUAAGAUCUUACUGUGAACUGCUGUUGUGGUCGUGAGCGGAAAUCGCUCUUUCCAGAGAAACGGACAUUAUGAGGCCAUUAUGAAUGGCGAUGUGGACGUUUGAGACAGAGGGAGUGGCACAUGUCUGUUUUAAACUCAGUUAUUCUCAGAAGAGAACAAUAUCUCUCUGUAGAGAAGCAUCUGUGUUGUUCUGUUUCUUAUUUAAUCAAUAAAACAAUAUGAGUGAUC